GUGCUUUCUUCAAUUUUUAAUUGCGUAGUGUGAUUUAUUUUGUGCAUUGGAGAAUCUCUACCGAAAAUUGUGACCCAUGCAUCGGUUAAAAUAUUGAUUUUUAUUACAGUCGCAGUUGCAGUUGCUACUAUUUUCCUUGAAUUUAUGGAGGAAUGUGGUUGAGAAUGCUGCUAUUUUGAGAAUUUUAGUGGUGAAAUUUGUGCAAAUAGAUGAUCCAUUAGAGGUUUACGUACUGAUUUAGGAUGAAUCAUGAAUUUUUAUCCCCUUUGUUUUCGCCAUCUUCAGGAAUUUCUAGCUUUUUGGUCAAUAUUAUAUAAAAAUACAUUAUUGUUUCUCUCUCUCUGACCUUUUAAAUAAAUAAAAAUUGUUUUUAUUAUUUUAUAAUGAUCUAUGUUAUUGGCUCGUCGUUGCUGCUUGAAUAUGAGGCAACCGUGAAAAGGCUACUGAGGGCUUUAUUUUCGAUAUUUACUUCAAAUGCUACACACAUAUAAUUGAUUUUUCAAUCAGAUACUACUAUUAUUCUUUCUGUGUAGGAUUUGACUAACCCAUGACUGAAUUUAAUUUUUAAAUUUAAUCCAAUUAAGACAUUUAAAUUUUCAGUGUAGAAAACUGAAAGUGUUUGUUAGUAUAUAUUUUAUCUUGGCUGAACUUCCAAGCAUUUGGUUAAUCUUUGUCCAAUCGAAUCAGUAUGGCCAUACAGUAACUUGUGAUUAAUAUGAUGAGUACAAUUGUUGUCAUCUCUUUAUGUUGCUGCAUAUGGCUCGAAAAAUGGAUAAAUUCUUGUUACUGAAUGAUAAUAGUCAGAACAUGUUUCCAUGAAAGUUUAAAUGAUGAGUACAAUUGUUGUCAUCUCUGACUCGCUGAUCGCAGUUCUAUCAUCAUAACAUACAGAUUGUACUCUAUGUGGUCAUUUACGAUUGUACGGAAUUCCACCAUCCUCUUUUGUUAUAAUGUUAAUUUUAUUUGUACAUAUAGAAAUAGAAUCUAAAGUUGAUUCUAACAUCUUAGAUAUCUUAUUCUUAAGUUCAGGGCUUUACUUUUUCACUUGUGUUUUUGCUAACCCUGUUAAACUCUAGAUAUUUUUUCCUUUUCUUUCAUAACGUUCUAUACAUUUGCUACAAAAACCACAUGUCCUGUAGUAUAUGGCAUCAGUUUUCACAUUUUCCCAUUUACGUUUCUCUUCUACUUAAAUGUUGCCCUUGGAGUGCUGUGAUAUUUGUGGUGAUAUUGGGGUUGCUGACGCAUUAAUAACUUGCAGAAUAUGUAAAAGAAACACUGAGCAUAUGUAUUGCAUGAAAUUUUUUCUUGAGGAGCACGUCAACGACUGGCAUUGUGAAGAAUGCAUGUCAGGAGUACAUAACCCAUCAGUAGUAAAUAAAAGUGGUGAGCUGCCUGCAGAGAGUAGAAAGUUACCAAAUGAAUCAAGGGUGGGUGUGGGUGACUGGGAAAAAAUUGUUGCAACUGGGAAGACUAAAUACCUCACUGUCGAAGAAGCUAUCAAGCUCCCAUUAGGACAGAAGCUACCUUAUAAUGCUUUCCACAAAAGAACCCCUCGCCGCAAUAGUGUGAAGUAUAAAUUUGAUUCAACAAUCAGGCCUAGAUUUAUAGAUUUCUCAUCUCUCCAAAAUAUCACUCCGGGACCUUUUCGGUCACUGAAGCCUCAAAGACCUGCCAAUGUGGAGAUCCAUAGAAAGCCAAACCUCACAGCAGGGUUUAGAUCACCGAGCAGUCUCCGACCUUCUGAAGCCCUGAAAGACACAAACUUGGUGAAGGAACAGCCAAAUAAUGUUCAAUUGCCUGUGACAACAAGAGCAGUGAAGCAGUCAUCUUUACCAUCAGAAAAAACCUCUCCAAGAGCCAUCUCAGGUGGUGAUGGUCAUGAUAAUGCUAUUGAUCGGAGCACUUCUGGUGCUGAGAAUACGAGUGAAAUUUAUUUGCUUGAUUCUGAGAAAGACUUAAGGGUCCCUGCUUUGGAAGCUUCGUGGAAGGGAAGCUUCAGGAUCCUGGAUGAUAAUGCACAGAAAGAAAUAAACCAUCUCGUUCGAGCUUAUCCUCCUUUACAAGUUUAUAAAAAGAUCUUUGAUAUCUCCAAGAAAAUGCCUCAAGUGCUUCAUUUCGAAUUGGUUCCUUCCAAACCAAUUUUGAACAACUUAUUCAAUGAUUAUAUUCCAGAUCGAAGUGACAUUGGUUUAUAUUUCUUUCCUGGAGCUGGAGAGAGCUCGGAGGAGGGUAAUAUCUUCCUGGCAGAUCAAAUAAUUUCAACAAACUAUGCAUUGAGGAAACAGAUUGCAGAUGUUGAGCUGUUGGUUUUCAGCUCCAAACUGCUGCAUGCCAAUUGUCAAAGUUGGCAGGGAAAGCACUUCCUCUGGGGAGUAUUCCGCCGUCUGAAACCAAAUGCCACAACGUGCUCAGAGGAUAGAGUUCUUGAGCCGACGGUGCAACCAUCAGAUGGGGUGAAUCACGACCAGGGUCACGUGCACGACGGUGGAGAGGUUGACAUGGAAAUCGACAAAAUAGAUGUUCCUGUUAAUAAAAAACCUACAGCUUCUUUGGCUUGGCCGGAGUCAGUUGCCCCCGGCCUAACAGUUGCUCCGGUCGCCAAGAUUCCAUCACCGAUUGUUAAAGUGGAAUCUCAUGAUCUCAUUCCUCCUGGAUUUGAGGAGGUGUAUAGGAUGAGAAUUCAGAGUUCAUCACCUCCGGUGGCCGGCAUUUGGAAUCAAGACAUAAACAAGGGAUGAUUGAUGAUAGUUCUUUAUCUUGGAUUAUGGGAUCUGGAAAAAUGUACAUGAUAAGUUUGGGAUUGGUGUUAGAUUUUAGAUAUGGAAAACAGUAUAAAGCCUUUUUCUGCAGCAUUUAGUUAAGUAGGAGUAGUUGUGUUGUGGUGAAUUGAGACAGGUUUCCAAAUUUGGUUAUUGGUAAAAUCAUUUGUUUAA